AUGAUUCUUCGAUUCAGAACUCCAGAUGGAAUGUCACGCAUUGAAUGCGAGGGCUCUCAAAGUUUUGAUGCAGUUUUGAGCUUACUAGCUCCAAAAUUGAGUCCAAAUGCCGAUUUGAAUACUUUGAAAGUUGGUCCCGGGCCGCAGCAGAUGACGCUUGCACGCGAGAUUUGUAACCUUAGCAUUGCCCAGCUUGGAUAUAGUCACGGUGAGCUUUUAAAUGUCAGCUAUGAUAGAAAUGAGAGUGCAACUCAGCAGUUGACAGAGGGAGCUGCACAAGGUGCAGUGAAAGACCCAUCUCAGACCAGCGUAAAGAUUAGUUCUUCCAAAGAAGCUGGACCCCUCAAGAUCAAAGAAUUACCUGUUGACGAAGAACUCCAUAAAUUGGAUGGGUUGAUACCGCGGAAGCGAUCACCUCUCUGCAGACACGGUGAUAAAGGGAUGUGUGAAUACUGCAGUCCACUCCCCCCAUGGGACCGGGGGAACCAAAGCGAGCAUAAUAUAAAGCAUAUCUCAUUCCACGCACACCUGAGACAGCUCAAUGAACAGACGAAUAAAAAAGGAAGCGGAGGCUCUUACAUACCGCCCCUUUCGCAGCCCGAUUUCCGCAUAAACAAGAAUUGUCCAGGUGGACACGAACCUUGGCCUCGAGGCAUCUGUUCCAAGUGCCAGCCAUCGGCUAUAACGUUAAAACAGCAGGAUUUCAGAAUGGUUGAUCAUGUUGAAUUUCAGACAAGUGAGCUUAUUAACGAAUUUAUAGACAGUUGGAGAACCACGGGAACGCAACGGUUCGGCUUCAUCUAUGGCCAUUAUGCUCCCUACAGUGCCACGCCACUUGGGAUAAUAGCCAAGGCAGAGGCCAUAUACGAGCCUCCUCAACACGAUGAAGCAGACGGUUUGACUAUGGAUCCCGAACUUGUUGAGCUUGAAAUGGCCAGGAUUGACGCGGUUGCUCAAGACAUGGGACUCUCACGUAUUGGGAUGAUAUUUACAGAUUUGACGGAUACGGGAAAAGGGAACGGUUCUGUGUUUUGCAAACGUCAUAAGGACUCUUUUUUUUUGUCGUCCUUAGAGGUAACGAUGGCCGCGAGACAGCAAUUAAAGACACCCAAUGCAUGCAAAUUCAGCGAACAAGGAUUCUAUUCGUCGAAAUUCGUCACUUGCGUAAUUUCCGGUAACAUCCAGGAAGAAGUUGAUAUUUCUACGUAUCAGGUGUCGACGGACGCGGAGGCCCUGGUUCAGGCUGACAUGAUUACUGGCUCGACACAUCCUUCGAUGGCGUACAUCAACGAUACAAAUGAGGAUCGGUACGUUCCAGAGCUCUUCUACAUGAGAAGAAACGAGUACGGUCUGUUGGUAAAAGAAAAUGCCAAACCUGCAUUUCCGGUAGACUAUUUGCUGGUUACUGUGACGCACGGAUUUCCCACGGCGGAGGCUCCAUCGAAACCUUUGUUUUCAACCGUGACAGGUUUCCCAUGGGCCAAUCGGCAGGUCCUUGGUCACUCCCAGGAUUAUGCACAGCUGAAGCAGUACUUGUACGAGGCUGCCAUGUCUGGUGAUUUCCAACUACUGCAGGAGAAACUAUCGAAUUUCCAUUUCCUGCUAUAUGUGCAUUCGCUACAGAUUUUAGGGCUACAGGAAUGGCAGCUGCUGUGCAAAGCGGCAACCGGGGAUUCCACUGCCGUGUUCCAGCUAGUAGACUCACCAGAAUGGCAAACUUUGAUCAUGAUUUUACAAGAGUCCGUAUAG